CGCGCUCACAGUCGGCGGCCGCGCGCAGCACGCUCAGGGCCGGGAUGGCGGCAGCGGCUGGAAGCGGGGCGCCCCGGGAGGAGGAGGGGCCUGGAGGGGAGGCAGCGGCAUCACAGGCUCAAGCUCCGACGAGUGCCCCGGGGGCUCGUCUCUCGAGGCUGCCUUUGGCGCGAGUGAAGGCUUUGGUGAAGGCGGACCCCGACGUGACGCUAGCGGGACAGGAAGCCAUCUUCAUUCUGGCGCGAGCCGCGGAACUGUUUGUGGAGACCAUUGCAAAAGAUGCCUACUGUUGUGCUCAACAAGGAAAGAGGAAAACCCUUCAGAGGAGAGAUUUGGAUAAUGCAAUAGAAGCUGUCGAUGAAUUUGCUUUUCUGGAAGGUACUUUGGAUUGAUUGCUGAGCUGGACAGUUUUUGAGCCUUCACUGCAUUCUUUAGCUUGCCUCUCUGCAGGCCUCAGCUUUGAAGAACAGAAUCUCUGCACAUAUGCACAUCUUCCUGCUCUACCUUUACUUAAGCCGGGAUAAGCAGAGCUCUUACCUGAUAACUUUUCUUUAUAAGGUCUUCCACUACUUAUGUCUGUCUUCCACUUUAGCCCUGGAUGCAGCUGUUGCUGCUUGGGGCAGAGAUGAAGAAAUUGUUUGCAUAGGUGGCUUAAUGAAUGAUGAGGACCAGAAUAAAGGUCUUUGAUCAGCUUAAUUCUAGUGUGUUCCAUGAUCUUGCCUUUGUUCUUGCCCUGUGAUUGGAAAGCCACCAUGCCCUGGUACAGACCUUCCUGAUCUUCCCUGCCAGCCAUUUUAAACCACAGUCCUUUCAUUAUUUUUGUUCUUUGUUCAAUGUGGCACCAUAAUAUGGUUCCAGAAUUUAUAGAAUAGUAUUUGUCUUUAGUAGUCAUAGAUUGAAAACUAGUUAAAUUUUUAAAUUGAGAAAUAAUUCAUAAACAGUUCACCAAAGUGCAUAAUUCAUUGGUUUUUAGUAUAGUCACAGAUGAUGUGCAACUAUCACCAAUGAAUUUUUGAACAUUUUCAAAUGAAUGAAUCACAUAAUAUGAAGGCUUUUGUGCUUUUGUGUCUGGCAUUUUUCAUGUAGAUUUUUUUUUUCUUUUUUUUCUUUCAAGCGGUCAUAUUUAUUUAUACCAAUAGGUUAUAUUAGAUCAUUAGUACGAUAACUACAUUAUUGUUCAUGUAGGUUGUUUUUGUUUAUUUUUUUUAAGAUUUGUUCAUGUAUCAGUACCUUUUAUAAAAAUUGUGGUAAAGUAUACAUAAUAUAAAAUUUACUGUUUUAACCAUUUUUAAAUGUAUUUAGCUCAGUGGCAUUAAAUAUAUUGUUGUACUACCCUUACCACCAUCCUCCAGAAUUGCUGACACUUUGGGUGGGGAGAAACAGGGGAAACAGUAUGGUGAAGGUUUUAUUUAUUUUUUUCAAAUGUAGAACUUUCCCUUAGAAAGAUGUUAACAUAGUGGGUGUUUAAAUUCCUUUAAAUUGUGUAGCUUGUAUUCUUAGAUUCUGUUUCUAAUUCUUAAUAACGGCUGAGAUCAAAAAGUGAAAAAAGUAAAUUGAAACUUGAUACUCAUUAGAUACCCAUUAAACAGUAACUCCUC